AUGUGCGGCAUCGUCGGUCUCAUCCUUGCCGACACCGACUCGCCCGGCGUCGAGGCGGCCGUUGACCUGCACGAGAGCCUCUACUACCUCCAGCACCGAGGUCAGGAUGCUUGCGGCAUCACGACCUGCGGGUCUGGUGGCAGGAUAUACCAGUGCAAGGGCAAUGGCAUGGUCUUUGCUGAUGGCAAGCGUUGUGCCGAUCUGCCCGGAUACAUGGGCAUCGCCCACCUCCGCUACCCUACCGCGGGAACCAGCUCGAGCGCCGAGUCUCAGCCAUUCUACGUCAACUCGCCUUACGGCAUCUGCUUCUCCCAUAACGGCAACAUCACAAACGCCCCAGAGUUGCGCCGCUUCCUCGACCAGGAGGCUCACCGCCAUGUCAACACCGACUCCGACAGCGAGCUGAUGCUCAACGUUUUCGCCAACGCCCUCAACGACACCGGCAAGGCGCGAGUGAAUGUUGACGACAUCUUCAAGGCUCUGUCGCGUACGUAUGAGAAGUGCGAGGGCGCAUGGGCCGUGACGGCCAUGAUCGCCGGCUUUGGCAUCUUUGCCUUCCGGGAUUCUUAUGGCAUCCGACCGCUCAUCAUGGGCAGCCGGCCCUCCACCACCGUCGAGGGCGGCACCGACUACAUGUUGGCAUCCGAGAGCAUUGCGCUUCGCCAGCUGGGCUUCAAGAACAUGCGCGACAUUCUCCCCGGUGAGGCGGUCUUCAUCCAGAAGGGUGGCAAGCCGCAAUUCCACCAGGUUGCCGAGAGGCUGGCCUACUCGCCGGACAUCUUCGAGUACGUCUACUUUGCCAGGCCCGACACGGUCAUGGAUGGCAUCUCGAUCCACCAGAGCCGACAGAACAUGGGCGUCAAGCUGGCCCAAAAGCUCAAGGACACGCUUGGAGAGGAUGGCAUCAACGACAUCGACGUGAUCAUUCCCGUCCCUGAGACGAGCAACACGGCCGCGGCGAUUGUCUCGGAGCAGCUUGGCAAGCCGUUUUCCAACGGAUUUGUCAAGAACAGAUACGUGUAUCGGACGUUCAUUCUGCCUGGACAAAAGGCUCGCGAGAAGGGUGUGCGCAGGAAAUUGAGUGCCAUGGACUCUGAGUUUCAGGGCCGCGUGGUUUGUCUGGUUGACGACUCCAUCGUCCGCGGCACGACCAGCAGGGAGAUUGUCAGCAUGGCGCGGGAAGCUGGUGCGCGAAAAGUCAUCUUCGCCAGCUGCGCUCCGCCCAUCACGCAUCCCCACAUUCACGGUAUCGACCUGGCCAGCCCACAGGAGCUCAUCGCGCAUGAGAAGACAAGGCAUGAUAUUGCGAGGCACAUCAAGGCAGACGACGUCAUCUAUCAGGAUCUGCAAGACCUGAAAGCCGCGUGCACGGAAGCGUCCCCGCAAAACCAGAUCAAGGACUUUGAAGUGGGUGUCUUCUGCGGCAAGUACAAGACCCCAGUUCCGGAUGGCUAUUUCGACCACCUGAACCAGAUGCGGGGCAAAAAGUCCAAGACUGUCGCCGUCGAGGGGGCGCAUCAACCAGCCACCGCUGGCAACAGCGGGCCGGUCGGAACGGCCGCCGACGGUUCGCCCGUUGUUAAUGGAAACGGCGGCAGGACGACACCCGUUACUGUCAGGAUGGAGCCUCGCAGCCCCGAGCACCGUGAAGAUGUUGGGCUCCACAACCUGGCGAUGGACCCCGAAACUCGAUAG